GGGUUGUUAAAAUACUCAGUAGUAGCACGGUGUCUGGAAUUGUGCCCAGUAUAUGGCAAUAUAGAUUACGAUUGUGCCCAGUAUAGAUUACGAUCACUUCGUCAACGCAAACAGACGUGCGCUUUGAUGCAAUAAUUUUAAAAUUAAUUGACAAUUUUUAUUCAGUGACCUACUUGUCUUCCGCUACGUGUUUUAUAACACUAAGCAAACUCAAAUGUUUUACUAUCUAUAAAUUAUAAAGAAAUGUAUAAGUAAACGCUUGAACUUUAAAAACUAUGGAAAGCAGCCCCUUCAAUAGAAGCGGACUAACGCGCCGCUCACCACCGCCGACACCAACCCAAACUCCGAGCCACAGCCAAGACGAGAGGAUGGAAGUGAUCUCAACAUCAGACCUACAGCACUGGAUGGGAUGCAUUGAGACCCAACUAAACGAGAUAUGUCAUAUAACUGGCGAAGGCAAGCUAAACUCGGAUCAAAAGUUAAAGGUGAGCUCCCUAUGUCGCAAAAUUGGGCAUAAUGUUGGCCAACUAGCCUGCAAAUAUCAAUCGCUCAAACAAAAAGCCACUCAGACGCACUAUUCCCUCCAAGUCCUUAAAGAACAUCAAGCCCAAGAAGAAAGUCUGACUGCAGAAAUUAAGCGGACCAUACAAGAAUCUUGUGGGAAAACCACCAUGGAAACCACUACUUUUGCAGACAUGGUGAAAAAAGGAGCCAAUGAUUUUGUGCGCCCAAUAAAUGUCAAUUCCGUAGCGAUUUAUCCCAAGGAUAACUCGAAAUCAAGUGAUGACACCAAAAGCUUGGUUCAAAAAAUCGUGUGCCCCGAGGAAAUGAAAAUAAAAGUUCGUGGAGUACGAAGGGUUCGGAAUGGAGGUGUUAUCAUCAGCACGAAUUCAAAGGACGACGUCGAAAAACUGAUGAAAACUGUGCAGUCAUCAAACUCAGACCUAACAAUCAACGAACCGCAAAAAAGAAAACCCCGCAUAAUCAUUAUAGGAGUACCGACAUCUAUACCAGAAUCCGAAGUCUACAACUGCAUAUUUGAGCAGAACGUGGCCGACAAAAUUCCAUCCAUGACCAGGGAGUCAUUUAUGUCUUCAAUAAAAACAAGCCAUAAAUCCGGCAGAAAAGAUACUGAUCAUCAUAACCUGAUUAUCGAAGUCUCAGCUGCUAUACGGAAAGCACUCAUCACCCAAGACCGAGUUUUCAUAAACUGGACCUCCUGCCCGGUAAGAGACUUCACAUUGGUGACUAGAUGUUUCAAUUGUCAUCAAUACGGCCACGCAGCUAAAUUCUGCAGAAAUCCAGUUGUAACCUGUGGACAUUGCGCUACUGAGGGCCAUUCAAUCAAGGAUUGCCCGAAAAAAUUAGACCCACCGAAAUGUGCCUCGUGCCUGCGAUUCAACAAACCAUCUAAUCACAAGACAGGAGAACAAGAUUGCCCAGCAAAGAAGGCGGCCGAAUUCAGGUAUAUAAAUUCGAUCGAUUUUGAAGGCGCCUAAGAGCGCCAUUGCAACAUUAUUAUUAGCACUAAAUUAAAAUUUUAAAAUCGAUACUACAUGAAUCAAAAUCUAAUUAAUGAAGUAGAACAUAGUUUUCCAACAAUCACAAAAGCAUGCGAUGUGGAGGACUGCGAACAGUAUCUUUCGGAUUUUAAAAACUCUUUUAAAAUAGUCACUCAAAACAUUCGCAGCAUCUACAAAAAUAUUGAUAGUUUUCACACUUUUUUGCACAGAGCUAACCUAAAUUUUGACGCUAUGGUUUUAACAGAGUGUUGGUUGUCAAAUAGAAACGAAAAUAUACCUCAAAUACCGGGAUAUCAGACUUUCUGUAGUAAAUCAACAUAUAAUCAAAACGAUGGCGUCGUAGUAUAUAUCAAAGAAACACUCGAAGCCACAGUUGAAGAAACAACCGUACACGACUGCAACUGUGUCACGGUAAAAAUAGGAAAGAAUGUUGCACUAUUAGCUAUGUAUAGAUCCCCUUCCUUUAGAAACACUGAUAGGUUUCUGCUUUCCCUAAAUCAGACCCUUACAGCCCUAACACCCUUCCCGAACAUAAUAUUAACUGGUGACAUAAAUCUAAACAUUGGUUCUGACAUUCUUGACACAGGGACCAACAACUAUUUAGAUCUCUGCUCCUUUCAUGGGCUCCAGCCUGCACAUACCCUGCCCACACAUCAAAGUGGUUCUUGUCUGGAUCAUGUGAUGAUUAAGUCUAAAUUAGCAUAUAUAACCUUUGUCACUAACUCAACAAUUACCGAUCACCAUGCUGUAAUACUAACAAUAAAUUUAACGUCCCAUAAGCAAAAAAGAAUUCUGACAAAGUCCAAAUUGAAUAUGAACCGUCUUGAAAAUGAUUUACGCAACACAGAUUUUAACCCAGUUUAUAGUACCGCUGAUGCAACUCUGUCUUUAUCCUACUUAAUAAAUAUUAUACAGCAAGCUAUUUUACGAAAUACCACCACAUCGAGAAAUAGCAAAAAUAAUCACAAUUUAAAACCGUGGAUUACACCCGGCCUCCUUCGCUGUAUAAGACAUAGAGACAAACUUCAUAAAAAAACUAGACAAUUUCCAGAUAACGCCAUACUCCAACUAACAUAUAAAAGAUACAGAAACUUCUGCAAUAAUCUCUUAAAAAAGAUUAAAACCGAAUACGAUAGAAGCGAGUUGCAAAAAGCCGGAAACAAUACCAAAUCACUGUGGAAUCACAUAAAGUCUGUAACUUACUUAGCCAAACAGCGUGAAUCAAAUUCAGGCCUUUUGUGCAGUGAUAACACACCACUGAUAUCAGCUAACAAUGUAAACAACUACUUUGUUAACGUAGGUAAAAAUCUUGCAGACCAGAUAGUGAGUAAUUCGCCAAGCACACAGUCGCCUGUGCAUUUUACAAUUACAAACCAGAAAAAAUCCUUUGUGUUGCUUGAUACAGAUGAAAAUGAAGUAGCUAGAAUAAUCUCUGGACUAAAAGAUGACUGUGCGGUCGGCUGUGAUAAUAUAAGUAACAGAAUAAUAAA